AGUGGGCAGUGGCAGCAACGGAAUCAUCCUCCCACCCCACCUUCUUCUUCGCCUUCUCCUUGGUCAAACCGCCUUUCGCUCUUCUCCACCCCCUUAAAAAAAGUAGCGGCACCCGGAGAACCAACCCAGGUGCGGGGCUGGGAAUCGAGGCGGGGCGCCUCCACAAUCUCUCUCCCCUUCCCUCUCCCCUCUGGUUCUUUCGGCGUGUUCCUCGUUUCCCGGGGGCCGGGGAGUUGUUCUUGGCCAGUGGAGUCGGUCGCUCCAGACCUACCCUCGUCCGUCUGCGCCCGGCAAGAUCUUUGUUUCCCCCCGUUUGCGGCGGCUCCCUCCCUUCUUUCUUGGUUGGUGGGAGGGGAAUUCGCCAGUCUCUGCAGGGGAAUUUUAGGUCCUUCGGUUUCGCCCGAAUUGUUCCUUCUCCGUCGCCGGCGGGAGCACAUGAUCUGAGCCAGGUUCUGACCGCCUUGCCGCCCUCUCUCCCCAAUCCGUCCGCCCGCCCGCCCGCCUUCUGUUUUGGGGGAGAGAAGGAGGAUCAAUCGUCCGGUAUCGGAGCUGAGGAAGAUUUCUUGCUCACAUGGCCGGCACCAGCGAUCGUGGAUCCCUCAUGGAGGACUGGAUGGCCAUGCCACCGACGCCCAGCCCGAGAACGCUCAUGUCAAGCUUCUUGAAUGAAGACUUCGGCUCUGGUCAAUUCUCCAAUUUUUUCGGCGAACAUGUGAGCAACAAACCCCAUGAUCAAUCAGAGAAGAGAGGAGAGCUUGUGGGCUUCAGGGAGCAACUGCCUACUCAGUCAGCUACAGAUACAGCUACACCCCAAAAGGAUUUUUCCCUGCAACCAAAUUCGUUCAAUGCUAAUCAGAAAUCAAACCCACAGGGAUCUCUAGCCGAGCGCAGGGCUUCGAGAGCUGGUUUCAGUAUCCCCAAGAUUGAUACAUCUCGUGUGGGUUCAUCCACAGUUAUUCGAUCACCCAUAGCAAUUCCACCUGGUCUUAGUCCAACUACUCUUCUUGAGUCACCGGUGUUUCUCUACAAUGCUAUGGCACAGCCUUCUCCAACCACUGGCAAACUGUUUGUUGCUCCAGAGGCUAACUCAACAAUGCCACCAGAUAGCACGUUCAGUAACGAUGUUUUCUCCUUCCAACCCCACUCUGGGCCAGCAAGCUACUCAAAUAUGGAAAAGGGUUACAAUGUUUGCCACCAAAACCAGUCGUUGUCAAAUAUUCAUCAGCAAGGAUCCAGUCUUCAGUCAAGCUUUACUGCAGCCAAGGACAGUGCCGACGAAACAAUUGUCAAACCGAAGACGUCUGACUCUGUGUUCAGUGAUAAUCACUCUUCUGAGGAACAGGAAGAUGACGAGGGAGACCAAAAUGAAGAAUACUCUUCUGCCACAAAUAGCAACCCAGCUGAAGAUGGAUAUAACUGGAGAAAAUAUGGACAGAAGCAAGUGAAGAGCAGUGAGCAUCCAAGGAGCUAUUACAAGUGCACACACCCAGAUUGCCCUGUCAAGAAAAAGGUGGAACGCUCUCAAGAUGGUCAGAUAACAGAGAUAGUCUACAAGAGUUCUCACAAUCACCCUUUGCCGCCUCCAAACCGCCGCUCAGGUAUCCCUUUGUCGCAAAUCAAUGAUCAACAAGUCCAUGUUCUAGAGAAACCUGGUUCGCACGCAGGGCUCAACACUGCAUCUUUGUGGGAAAAUGGUAAAAGUGAGUGCAUUCAAGAUAUGCAAGGUGUCGAGGGAAGACCAGCUGCUGGCCCUCCUGUAUCUGCAUAUGGUGAUACAUCUAUCAUGGAGUCCCAAGAUGCAGCUGAUGUCUCGUCAACGCUGUCCAAUGAGAUUGAUAGAGCAACACAAGGCACCAUUUCUUUAGACUGUGAUGUAGGUGAAGAUGAGACUGAAUCCAAAAGAAGGAAACUGGAUGCUUUAGCUGCUGUUACCAUUCCUACUGCGACCACCACAAGUUCAAUUGACAUGGUGGCUGCAGCAUCAAGAGCUGUCCGGGAGCCUCGCGUUGUCGUUCAGACAACAAGUGAGGUUGACAUCCUUGACGAUGGUUAUCGCUGGCGCAAGUAUGGUCAGAAGGUUGUUAAAGGAAACCCAAAUCCAAGGAGCUACUACAAAUGCACGCACCAGGGCUGUUCAGUGCGCAAGCAUGUGGAGAGAGCUUCACACGAUCUGAAAUCCGUGAUCACGACAUACGAGGGAAAGCACAACCAUGAAGUUCCAGCAGCCAGAAAUAGCGGGAACGCGGGCUCCGGUUCCGGCAGUGCCACAGCAUCCGCGCCGCAGGCUAAUCUCUCGCAUCGCAGGCAAGAACAAGCGCAAGGCAGCUAUCCUCAGUUUGGUGGCGCGACUCCCUUUGGUUCCUUCGGCCUCCCGCCGAGAGGCCAUCUGGGGGCGGCAGGCAACUUCCACUUCGGGAUGGCCCCUCCAGGCAUGUCGAUGCCGCCGAUGCCCGCCGCUCGUCACCCGUCAAUGAUGCAGGGCUACCAGGGACUCAUGAUGCAGGAAGGGCAGAUGAAGGCGGAGCCAGACCAGCAGUCCGGGUUUGCGGCGUCAUCGGCUUACCAACAGAUGAUGGGCAGGCCCCCCUUUGGUCCCCAGAUGUAAAUAAUAGGAUGCAAAGAAAGGAAAGAUAGAUGUGCUCCGGCUUGCCUGUAUACAUGGUAGAAUUGCAACAGCAAUGCAUAGCUUCGUUCUAGUUUUUCUUGGUCACUCCAUUUCUUUUAUCUUGUGGGCAUUUUUUGUAAGCAAAGAAUGCAGAGACGGUUCUCAUGUCUUUCAGUUGUUUGGAAUCAGAAAGAAAAGGGAUAGCUUCUAAGACAA